CUAGCGUUAGGCCCAUUAGUCAUUGCCAUUCUCUAAUAACAGAAAGCACAUGAUUGAAGACUAAAGAGAAGUAGCGAAGCAGAGAAAGGCGAAGAAAACCUUGCUUGCUCGAAACACCAAGCUAUUGAAUUUCCUUUUACCGGAGACUUCUGUCUGUCGCUAGGGUUUAGUUAUCUCAGUAGCGAUGACGCCGGAUCCAAACAGUGCCGGGGCCGCCGGAGGUGAUAAACCAGCUAGAGAGGAGGCCUCUGUCAAAGUCCCUGCCAAGGACCCUAAGAAGAAGGACGACAAGAAAGAUGAAGAUCUCUCCGAGGAGGAUCUAGCACUCAAACAACAGUUGGAGUUGUACGUAGAGCGAGUUCAGGACCCUGAGACUGGGCUGCAGAUGGCUGCCCUAGAGAGCAUGAGGCAGGAAAUUCGGUCAGCAACAAGCUCUAUGACAUCAGUUCCUAAGCCAUUAAAGUUCUUGCGUCCUCAUUAUGGAACACUAAAGUUGCAUUAUGAGAAAAUGCCAGAUUCAGAUACCAAGAAACUACUAGCAUAUAUACUUUCUGUUUUGGCAUUGACAAUGUCUGUUGAAGGAGAAAGGGAGAGCUUGAAGUACAGACUACUUGGAUGUGAUGAUGAUAUUGGUUCUUGGGGCCAUGAAUAUGUAAGGAACUUGGCGGGAGAAAUUGCUCAGGAGUAUGUAAAACGACAGGGUGAAGAGGCCCCAAUCGAUGAUUUGAUGGAGCUUGUGCAACAAAUUGUUCAUUUCCAUAUGAAGCAUAAUGCAGAACCUGAGGCAGUUGACCUUUUAAUGGAGGUUGAAGAUCUUGAUCUUCUUCUUGAGUAUGUAGAGCAUGCAAAUUAUAAAAGGACAUGCUCAUACCUUCAGAGUGCAGCUAAUUAUCUUCCAGGUCCAGAUGACACCUUGGUACUAGACAUUGCAUACAAUAUUUAUACGAAAUUUGGAGAAUAUGCAAGUGCUCUUUUCAUCGCACUACGCCUUGAUAACACACAGUAUGUGAAGCAUGUUUUUAAAACUUGUGACAACCUUUUGCUGAAAAAGCAGUUCUGUUACAUCCUUGCUCUCCAUCGUGUGACAUUUGAGCUUGAUGAUGAGAUGUGUUCAGGGGAAGAGAGAGAAGUAUUGCAGGAAAUUAUUAACAAUACUAAAUUAAGUGAAGGCUAUCUCGCACUUGGUCGUGACAUUGAGGUGAUGGAGCCCAAAUCCCCCGAGGAUAUCUACAAGGCCCAUUUGAUUGAGGGCCGUGGCAGUUCAGGGGCAAGUGUUGACUCAGCAAGGCAAAACUUGGCUGCUACAUUUGUUAAUGCAUUUGUCAAUGCUGGAUUUGGUCAGGAUAAGCUGAUGACAGUUCCAUCAGAGGCCUCGAGUGGUGGGUCCUCAACAAGUUGGCUUUUUAAAAAUAAAGAACACGGCAAAGCCAGUGCUGCAGCAAGUCUGGGUAUGAUCCUGCAAUGGGAUGUCGAUAAUGGACUUGCACAAAUUGACAAGUACUUUCACAGUACUGACAAUCAUGUAAUUGCGGGCGCUCUAUUGGCUGUUGGGGUAGUAAACUGUUCUGUCAAGAAUGAGUGUGAUCCUGCAUUAGCACUCCUUGCUGAGUAUAUAGACAGAGAUGAUGCUUCGAUUAGAAUUGGUGCAAUAAUGGGGCUUGGACUUGCAUAUGCAGGUUCUCAGAAUGAGGAGAUCAGUCAGAAACUCAUCCCCAUUUUUGAAGCAAAGCCUUCACUUGAUGUGAUUGCAUUUACUGCAGUCUCAUUGGGAUUGGUGUUCGUGGGUUCAUGUAAUGAAGAUAUUGCCCAGGCAAUUAUUUUUGCAUUGAUGGAUCGAAGUGAGUCAGAGCUGGGAGAACCUCUUGCCCGUUUCUUGGCUCUUGGUCUUGGCCUUCUUUUCCUUGGGAAGCAGGAUCGUGUUGAGGCCACACUUGAGGUUUCAAAGACUUUCAAUGAAAAGAUUAGUAAAUAUUGUGACAUGACUCUACUUUCUUGUGCCUUUGCCGGAACUGGGAAUGUUCUCAAGGUCCAACACUUUCUUGGUCAAUGUGCUCAACAUCACGAGAAGGGUGAAACCUACCAGGGACCUGCUGUUCUUGGAAUAGCAAUGGUAGCUAUGGCUGAGGAAUUGGGACUUGACAUGGCCAUAAGAUCACUAGAACAUCUUUUGCAGUAUGGUGAACAGAAUAUCAGAAGGGCUGUUCCUUUGGCUUUAGGUCUCCUGUGCAUAUCAAAUCCAAAGGUCAACGUUAUGGACACAUUAAGCAGGCUCAGUCAUGAUUCUGAUGCAGAAGUAGCAAUGGCCGCAAUUAUUUCAAUGGGGUUGAUAGGUGCUGGAACUAACAAUGCUAGAAUAGCUGGGAUGCUUCGUAAUUUGUCCAGUUACUAUUACAAGGAAGCCAACCUUCUUUUCUGUGUCCGAAUCGCUCAAGGUCUUGUCCAUCUAGGGAAAGGACUGUUAACCCUCUCACCUUACCAUUCUGAACGGUUCUUAUUAUCUCCGACUGCUUUGGCUGGGCUCAUAACUAUGCUGCAUGCUUGUCUUGAUAUGAAAGCUAUCAUUUUGGGAAAAUACCAUUAUGUGCUUUAUUUCCUUACAUUGGCAAUGCAGCCGAGGAUGCUAAUGACAGUAGACGAAAACUUGAAACCAUUGUCUGUGCCUGUACGUGUUGGCCAAGCUGUUGACGUUGUUGGUCAAGCAGGUCGACCCAAGACAAUCACGGGAUUCCAAACCCACUCAACCCCUGUUCUCCUCUCUGCCGGUGAUAGAGCAGAACUUGCCACUGAAAAAUAUAUCCCACUAUCACCCGUUCUUGAAGGCUUUGUCAUCUUAAAGGAGAACCCGGAGUACAGAGAAGACCAUUAAUGUCCAUUGAACGAGUGCUUAUAAAGUCUGAGAACUCCAAAAAUGCUGGCCAUGGCUGUCUUCUCCAGGAUCAACCCACUGUCCAACGAGGUUGCAUGGCAGUUUCAGAUUUAAAUGAACUUCUGAGAAGUUGGCAUUCUAGACUGUCUGUUUUAAUGUCUAAUUACGUGUAUACGAAGCAAUGCAACAAAGCUAUUAGAGAAGGCAGAGACGUACUUUUGAGUUUUGAAUGGAUUUUCUGACGAUUGUUUUCGCACAUUGAACGUUCUUUAAUGUUUAUCCAUCAUUCGUUGACUAAUUUACA